UCGCACUUUGGCUUCCCAGCUUUGACACAGCGUCACUUGUGAAACAACAGAGAAGGAAAAAAAGACGCACUCGGGCCAAACCCCAUCCACACCAGCAGGAGAAGAUGUCCGAGCCAAACAAGUACCGAGAGUGGAUCCUGGAAACAAUCGACUCUCUCCGCUCGAGAAAAGCCCGUCCGGAUCUGGAUAGGAUCUGUCGAAUGGUCCGGAGACGACACGGGUCAGACCCGGACCGAACCAGGACAGAACUGGAAAAACUGAUUCAAGAGCAGACGGUGCUCAAAGUUAGCUACAAGGGGUCCAUAUCGUACCGAAACGCAGCGAAGGUGCAGAGGAAAAGCAGAAAGAAGAGUGAGUUUACGGCCGCUGGCAGCAGCAGCAGCAGCAGCGCGGAGGCAGCGAGGGAGCGGACCAAACACGAUCAUCUGAACAACAACGGCGACAGUGCGCACAGCUUCACGGACCAGGAGGAGGCAGAGGAGGACUCGGAGCCCAGCCCAGAUCUACACACUCAAACAUCAGGCAGCACCACCGGCAAAAAGCUCAAGCCUGCCUCCAGCCCGAGUAGCGGAAACGGGUGCCUCAGUUGUGGCGCAACAACGGGCUGUGCUGUCGGGAGCGGCUGUAAAGAGGAGAAAGCGAGUGCACCGAGAGACAAGGGAUUAGGACAGCAGGCGGUGGGGGACUGCCCGUCGCCCGGUUUCGGCCACAGGACAGGCGCACACAGCGGGGCUGACGGCAGCAGGACGGCUCAGAGCAAAGCCGAUGCAGUUAGCGCAGAAAAGGAGUGUGCUGUGUCCCGGGCUGACACGCAGAGCAAAACUUGCCCUGGGAGCGUCAGCAGUCUCCAUCAGAAUCAAAGGCAGAAGCAGUCUGUGCCCCUCAAGCCCAAACUUCGAGUCGGAGGAGGGAGCACCAAAACAACCGGGAACCAUGCCAACUCGGACCUGGGCGACAGAUUAGUCGCUUCUGUUCGCAGCCUGUCCGAGAAGAGCCUCAGAGGGGGCUCAGCCGCCGUGACCAGAGGCCACAUGAAGCCGCUUGGGCUGAAGGAGAUCCUGGGCUAUCUGAGCAGCCAGGAACGACUGUCGGAGGAAAAGCUGACCCGAGGCAAAGUCAAAGUGGUCAUGGAGAGAGAGGUGGCGAGGGGCAGGCUGCGCAGGACCCGCUGCGGGAACAUUACUCUCCCUCUGAGAGGGGUGGUGGUAGAGGAACCGAUGCCGAAGAAUGCGUCCGCUGACAGACUUGCAAAGAGCGCACUGCAGGACAAACACGCUGUGAAAAAGCCGCCGUCACCCUCUCUCCAGGAGAAUGAGCCGAUGGAAACAGCCAGUGAAGAAGAGGAACGGGAAGACAACGAGGAAGAAGAGGAGGAGGAUGAUACUCGGAGUUCUGAGGAGGAGGGAGGACUAUUCCCGGUAGCCAUGACAACCGAACCAGUGCUCAUUGAGAAAAUCAGAGAAGAUGCUGAGAUCCAGAAAGCAUCAAAGCAGGAGAGCCCCCAGCAGGAGCAGCAGGAGGGAGGCAAAGGUUUACCGGUGCUUGAUUUCCUCCCCGACACACCGGUUCAGGGAGCCUUGCAGUCACAGAGUAAUGGUCCAGUCAUGGAAGAGAGAGCUGGUUCCCUUGAUCAGAUACCAAUGGAGGUGCAAGUGAGUAAUCAGACACAGCAUGAUGGAAUAAACCACAGCUCCUCAGACUUUAACGAUUUGGAGUGUAAGACAGAGGUCGGUGUGUCGUCCUGCCUGCUAACACCCACAGCCUCCCCAAGAGACUCCAGCCGAUCUGAAGAACGAGGGAUAACCGUUAGCAGUGGAGUGCUCAUGAAGUCUGAGGGCCUCAAUGGGAGCCCAGUAAACUGGACAGUGUCAGAUGUUGUCAGUUAUUUCACAGCAGCGGGUUUCCCUGAACAGGCUGCUGCAUUCAGGACCCAGGAAAUCGAUGGAAAGUCACUUCUCCUCAUGCAGCGUAAUGAUGUUUUGACUGGCCUGUCAAUCAGACUUGGCCCCGCCCUCAAGAUCUAUGAACGUCAUGUAAAGGUUCUGCAGAAAACACACUUUGAGGAUGACGACUGCUAACAGCAUGAAUCAAAUACAAGCAGACUGUUAUGUUUGUAUCUACAUAUAGCUAACGUAGUAUAAAAAUGCAUGCAUGAUAUACAGUACAAUACACUUCACUUUUCAUCUCAUGUCACACAACACAUGCAAACACAGAAACACAGGUACGCACACACCGUUGUUUCUUAUCCUCCUGCCUCUUGACAUCAGAAAUGAGACUGGAUUUUCUAGACAACAAGGGUUUUCUAUCAGAGCACAAGUGUCGGAGGGAGAAAGUAGAGCAGAGAUUUUCAAACAACCAUGCAAUUUCUCCUUUAAGACAAACAAACAACAAUUAAGCACUUUGCAAUUGUACUGAUUAAACUGUGCAAAAUGUUUUUGUUUAAGCUGUCACUUCAUGCUGACUUUUAUGCACAUUUUGAAAGCGGCAUGUUUUUUUCUGGGACUUGGGGAAGGGGUCAUUUGCAUUUUUGGGCUAUGAUCUGAGAAUUUUCUUGUUGGUGUAUACCUUUCCUUCUACAAAUAGACAGAACAUGUUGAAAAGGACAGCAAAGAAAUUAGAGGUUGACCAGAUUUGAGACAUUCCCAAAGCUGAAAUAGGCUGAUGAUGGCUGGCAUGAUGAACCUUUAUAUUGUUCUCUAUGUUUAAAACAAAUUCUGUGCAGGGUUAUUGAAAUUGCUGGUUAAAGCAAUAAACUGACUAGGAUGUUUGAGGGGCUUUUGGACCAUGUCAGCUUGUCAGCUGGUUGAUUUUGUGUAACUUAAUAUCUCAUAUGGAAAAUGUAUUUUUUAAAUCUGCUUGGGGCUAUGCAUCACCACCUCAUAUGCUGGUUUUACAGAGAUACACUUUGAUAUUUGCUUUACAUCAGACUUUACUUCUUUAAUAGACACCUAAAAUCACAUGUCACAUAGAACUGUUUAACUAUCUUAUGUAGGUCCAGUUUUCUAGGAAUUAUGAGUAAGCUGGGAGCUUUUUUCCUAAACAAACUAAAUGGAUUAUCUACUGGGAGUGAUCCACUCAUCAGUGAUGACUUACACAAAGAGUGUAAUUUUUAAGUGUAUUUAAAAGUGUUUAAGUGGAUCUUCAGUUAUUGCGACAUCUUGGACCAGAGUUAAGAUGUUGUGAUUUCUUGAAGACAGUUCAUCCUCAAAUCCACUUUAAGGGAACUAUUUAGUACUUUAUUACUAAAAGAGAUAUUGCAGCUCAGCUGAGGGGGAUAAUAGUCGCUCUCUUUGCAGUCACAUUGAUAAGAUUGAUGGGUGUAGCUCAGUAGAAAGAAAUUUGUUCCUAACAGAAACUGCUCACCCAAAAGCAAAGUGAUUGGAUUUUUUUUAUGUUAUUUUCACUGAGUCACUGCUGAGUUAUUCCAAACUAAUGUCAUUUGGACUCUGGAUGCCUCCUCACUGAUUUUAGAUCAACAAAUCAAGACAUGAUUGAAGUGCAAGCUUUAACAAACAAAUUGGAAUAACAGCUAUUUUUGUACAUAGUCCUCAGUUUCCAGAGGCUAAAAAGUAAUUGGACAACUGACUGACAGGCACCUUCAUGGUGAUACCGUUAUCUUUGUUAUUUCAUGACAAAGUGAACAGAUAAAAUAUUUGUUGCUGAUUCCAAGUACCAAGCUUGCAUUUGGUAGUUGUUCGCUGGAAUUCGCAUUAUGAGGUCCAAAGAAAACUGAAAUAUUAAUCAACCACUAAUUAAGUAUUUCUAAAGUGUACAAUCAAGAGACAUUUACAUGAAUGAAAAAAAGGGUUUACAACAAAGCUCAAACUGCUGGUUAUACAAGAACAAGAAGGGCAGAUUACAGCAGAAAGUAUCUAAAGGAGCCUGCACAGUUCUGAAGAAAUAUUGCAAAGAAUAACCAGAAUGAUGGAGACAGAAACAUACCAUACCACAUCAUCCGUCAAACAUGGUGCAGGCAUGUAAUGGCUGCCAACACAACUGGCCCUCUAGUGUUUAUUAAUAUUGCGAUUGCUGAUAAAAGUGGCAGAAUUAGUUCUAAAGUGUGCGAGGCAUUGAUCUCCGCUGAGUUCAGUUUCAGCCAAAAGUUCAAAACUGAUCCGAGAACCCUUCAGUUUGAAAAUGGAUAGUGACUCAAAGCGCAGGGCAAAAGCUGCCCAAGAGUUUCUCGAGGUAAAGAAAUGUGAUAUUCUUCAAUGGCUAAGACAGUCACCUGACAUGGUUUUAGUUAUUAAAUAUAGAAAUGGUGGCAGAAAGACCCACAAAGAGCAACUGAAGGAGCAACAGUAAAGUCCUGGAAGAGCAUCUAAAGGAGUAAAUGCAGCAUUUGAUGAUGUCAGUUUUCAUCAAAAUAUUAAAACCAUCUCCGAUUUAUUUUGUUUUUUCAGGCUAAUGAUAGCUUCCUUCACUUGCAUCAACACCACUUUGGACCUCACUGAGAAUUAAAUGCAAUCCUUUCAGGGGCUUUUAUCAGCUGUAUUUAUCAUGGAUUAACAAGGGAACAGACCUCAUCUGAUCACAAUCAUACUUUUUAGCCUGCAGUAGGCAUUUGGUAAUGUCCAUUGGUUCUAGACUUCAAGGUUUACAGCAAAAGUAUUAAAAUUAAUCCUUAUUUUUAAAUUUGUCUUAUUCAAUUACUUUUGAGCCUCUAAAAUUGGGGACUUUGUAUAAAAAUGUGUGCGAAACGGUUAAUGCAAUACUUUUGUUAAAACCCUUUGAAGUCUGCACUUGAGUCACAUCUUCAAUGCUUGAUUUAAAAUCUUCUGUGGUGGUGUGCAGCUCUGUAACUGUGCUAUCGUCCAAAUAUUUGAGGUUUUAGAGACCAGAGAAAAAAAUAUUUCAAUUUGAUUUCUGUAUGAACUUCCUCUUUAAUAUGACGACAUACGUCAGAUCAUCAUGAAUCAACCACUAGCUUUAAAUGUAAAGUCGUUUGUAUGGUAUUUUCAGCGUACACUCUGAAUCGUUGAAAAUGAUUUAGCUCGAUGUAUUGAAAACACUUUAGUGCUGUUCAGUCAACACCAAUGUAAGAUAAAAGUGAAACAGGAUGCAGCAGCAAAAGGUAGCAUGCCUUACAUUUAAAAAAAACACACACACAUUUUAUUGGCACUAAAUAUGUCUUUAUUUAAUGUAGGUUAUUUAUUUGUGUAUUAUAUGUCAGUUCCAGACACAUACUUAAGGUAAUAUUAACUUUGUUAGUUGCUUCUGUUAGCUAGUUACACUUGGCAGUUACUCUUUAAUAUUUAGUAAAUAGAUUUUAAUUUUGUCAUGCGUAACUAGGAAGAGCUUGAAGGGACAGGCAGCUGGUUCAAUCUUUUGCCUUCCUGGGUCUAUGAAAACACCUGAUUGUUACAUUUAACAGGGACAGUGCAUUUUAAUGGACAAUGUAAAAAACAUAAGAUUAAAAAAAUCCCAAAUUUGGGCAAGAAACACUAAAAGUGGUUAACUUACAUAACAAAGGCUCAAGUCUUAUAGACAUGCUUACUUCUUUUGUGCCUAUAGAUAUUACUGAUAUUCAACAUUAAAGAAAAAAUACUGCUUUUGUGGCCUAUUCAAUGUAGAAAGCACCUAAGAAGCAUCUAAAUAUCUCUGUGAAACCAGCUGCAGAGUAAAGUUCAGCUAAUUGAACUGAAAUCAGCCAAUAAGUCACAUCUGAACUAUUCAUAAUAAUGUCAGUAUACAUAUAUAUAUAUUAAAACAAACCCAUUUGGCUGAUUGUUAAUUACUAGGAUUACAUUAUUUACUGAGAGAUGUUGUGGGUAAAGUUGAGUCGAUCAAUCAACUGAUCUCAUACCACCAGCAUUUUUUUAAUGGCUUUUAUUGACUGAUAACGACAAAAGGCAACCAAAUGUGUCCAGUUGUCAUAUAAUUUAUUUCCAUCUGUCCUGUAACAGCAUACAUUCCAUGUUUAUGAUACAAAAACUGUAAUUUUGUCUCUUUUUCUUAUUUUUAUUUCUUUUUUUUCAGCAUAUCCAAAACAUUUCAACGUACACUGAUGCGUAAAUCAGAUUCAAUGUUUCUUUGUGCAUUUAAACCUCCUCUACCUCUCACUGUCUUUCCAAUAACUGUGUUUGAAAGAUUAUUACCAUUAGAAAGAAGAAAGUGUUCGAUGUGUUGUUAACAUCAUUUCCUUCAUGUUUGUUAAAUCUGUUGGCGGGAACAACUCGAGUCCUGAUUCUCACAAGGGGAAUGUACAGUAUGUUUAAGCCCUUGUAGCU